CUUACUCAGUUGAUUCGUUUUAGUGAAUACUGUAAACCCAAUGUAUGUGUCAGCGGAUGAAGUUCAGUCAACUGAUAAUGUCUAUGCAAAGCCUGUGAAGAAAAAGAAAGUUCCAGAGGGAAACGAUGUUUAUACACAGGUGGAUAAAAAGAAAAAGAAAGAGAAAAACGACAAGAAGAACAAAAAGGGCAAAAUUGAAAUAGAAGGAGACAUUUAUGAAAAUGCACCAGCUGCUGCUUUGAAUGAUAAUAUCAGCAUGAAAAAAGUAAAGAAAGGAAUGGGUAAAGCAUAUGACGAAAAUCCAUAUGAAAAUCCCCUAGCUGAAGAAACAAAACAACCAAAGAAAAAUGUGAACAAAGAUGGACUUAUUUAUGCAGAUCUUACCUUCAACGAUCAGCCUAAAGGCCAGAAAAAAUUAGUUAUCCAUGGACUAGAUGAUAUGACAGAGUAUGUUGAGGUAGAUUUCACUAAAAGGGCCGAUCCUCUGCCAGACAGUGAUGAAGAAACAACAACAAAUAAAUAGAUUAACAACAAAUCUGAUUGCUUGAUAGUAUAGGCGGAAGUUGAUAGUAUUGGGGGAAGUUGCUUUCAUAAUGAUAUUUGCAAACUUUUGAGAUCUGUGGAGAUUGAUGCAAUCAAUAAUGUGAAUAGAAAUGAGUUAUUACAGGAGUAUUUAGACCUUGAGCUUCUAUUUGACUUGAUCUGAUUUUACUACGAUAACAACUCACAAUGCUUGGAAGAUUAAGCUGACCAUACUGAAGUCUGUUAGUAAUUUAGCUACAAUUAAACUGAAGUGUUGUCAUUUCUAUAUUCAUAACAAUUGCUUUAAGCUACAUUAAAUAAAUAUGUAAAUAUAUUUUUCAUCACCUGAAAAACUAAGCAUUUUAUAGUUUAUUUAACAUUUUUAACAGUAUUUUUGUAAAUUUCAUUAAAUAUUGUUCAUAAGUUAUGAUUUUUAAAGGAAACACCACGGUAACAAUAAAGUUUGUAUAUGAAUUUUAACAUGCAAAAGAGAACUAAUAUAAUUAGGUUGUGUAUGCGCUAGGUCACAGUGGAAAAAUUGGUUGUUACCAUGUGGUUCACAGCAAAUAUGAGAUAUUCUUGUGCAAACAAACUUUUACCGUUUUGGUUUCAUAGUGCAUUAGCCCUGUCGUUCACAAAAAAGUAAUCAUCUCAUAAAAAGAUUGAAUUUGUAUGAAAACAUCUGUAAUAUAAUGGGAAAUAUACUGUUGAAUUCGAACUGCUUCAAAAUGUUUGUUGAUUUUCCAUUUGUUACAGAUGACCCAAAGGCAGAGUUUCUCAUGCAAAUAGAAAUUUUACUUCUUAUUGCGCCAUGUGGUUGCAGAAUUCUAGGCCUAUUAAACUCAUUUUGGUUGUCUGGACACCAACAUAAGAACAUGAGUUGAAAUGAAACACAUUUAAUUAAUGAAAUGUAUCUAUUUCUUUUUAGCUCACCUGUCACAAAGUGAAAGGGUGAGCUUUUGUGAUCGAUUUUCGUCCGGCGUCCGUCCGUCCGUCCGUCCGUCGUCCGUCCGUCGUCCGUCCGUAAACUUUUGCUUUAAAUGACAUCUCCUCAUAAACCACUGAGCCAAUUUCAUCCAAACUUCACAGGAAUGUUCCUUUGGUGGUCACCUUUAAUAAUUGUUCAAAGAAUUUAAUUCCAUGCAGAACUCUGGUUGCCAUGGCAACUGAAAGAAAAAUAUUUAAAUAUCUUCUUUUAAACAACACUAAGAGCUAGAGCUUAGAUAUUUGGCAUGAAACAUCUUCUAGUGAGUGUCUACCAAGUUUGUUCAAAUAAAAGCCCUGGGGUCAAAAUUGGCCCCGCCCCAGGGAGUCAUUGAUUUUCCCUAUAUGCAUAUAGUAAAAACUUUAAAUAUCUUCUUUUAAACAACCCAAAGAGCUAGAGCUAAGAUAUUUGGCAUGAAACAUCUUCUAGUGAGUGUCUACCAAGUUUGUUCAAAUAAAAGCCCUGGGGUCAAAAUUGGCCCCGCCCCGGGGGGUCAUUGAUUUUCCCUAUAUGCAUAUAGUAAACACUUAAAAAAUCUUCUUUUAAAGAACCGUAAGAGCUAGAGCUUAGAUAUUAAGCAUGAAACAUCUUCUAGUGAAUGUCUACCAAGUUUGUUCAAAUAAAAGCCCUGGGGUCAAAAUUGGCCCCGCCCCAGGGGGUCAUUGAUUUUUCCUAUAUGCAUAUAGUAAAAACUUAAAAAAUCUUCUUUUAAAGAACCCAAAGAGCUAGAGCUAAGAUAUUAAGCAUGAAACAUCUUUAGUGAGUGUCUACCAAGUUUGUUCAAAUAAAAGCCCUGUGGUCAAAAUUGACCCCGCCCCAGGGGGUCAUAGAUGU